GCCCCCUCGCAGUGCGGCCUUCCGCCGGAAGUGCUCCGGUGUCGCCGAGUGGCGCGGCGCUCAGUCCCGGAAUUCGAGCCGUCCGCAGCCGAGAGGGAGCGCCGGGCUGCAGGCCGAGCUAGAGCCACUGCCCAGGGCGCAGCAUGGGCUUCCUGACGGCAGUGACGCAGGGCCUGGUGCGCGGCGCCGACCGAAUGAGCCGGUGGACGAGCAAGCGCGGGCCGCGCACCUUCUACAAGAGCCGGGGAGCCAAGAGAACCGGCAUCCUCGCCCCCGGUCGCAAGUUCGUGCAGAUAAAGGAAAUGGUGCCAGAAUUUGUGGUUCCAGAUUUGACUGGCUUCAAGCUCAAGCCUUACGUGAAUUACCGCACCCCCGCUGGCACGGAGACGCCGCUGACUGCCCGGGCGCUCUUCCUGGAAGCAGUUGCACCUGCUAUCGAAAAGGACUUUAAAGAAGGCACUUUCGAUCCCGACCACCUUGAGAAGUACGGCUUUGAGCCCACACAGGAAGGCAAACUCUUCCAGCUGUAUCCCAAGAAUUUCCCACGCUAGAAAGCUCAGUAACCGCAGGCUUGUCGCCACCGGGGUCCAUACUAACCCAGCCUCAGAUCACCAGUUUCUGGGGAAGUAUGGGGCAGUCUCUUCUUGCUUAUUAAAGGCCUUUGGUACCCUG